GCCUUUUAAGAGUAUUGCUAUUAUACUUUGGUAUAAAUGUAUAAUUGGUCAUACCUUAAAUACUUGACUGUAAAUGUACCGUCCAGAAAAAUAGUCAACCUAAGUAAAAGAGACCAACUCCACUCUAAGAUUUGUCUUAGUUCUUGGGGUAUUCUUUGAGAUGACUCUUGCAGUAUCUAUGGUGGGGUUUGGUAGAUUCACUAUCACUCAUUUAACACGUAUGGUAUCAUCAACUCUGCGGUCUGGUGGAAAUGCACACUCUGGUAGGAUCUUUUCCAUUGGCUCGCUGCCCUGCAUAGCUCUUCCUCGGCUCCUUCCCUUUGCUGGCUUGCACCUUAAUCCCCGGAAGUUCUCUUCAGAUGCAUUCAACACUUCAUCAAAACCCGGUUUGGCAACUCCAGGGCUGCAUCAUCCAUUUAACCACCUGAACAAAAUGGCUGUUUGUAAAAGAUCAUCAUCAUCUUCUUCUUUAUCUCCAAUCCAUCCUAGAAACGGUUUUUGCAAUGCAAACUCCACAUUCUACAGUAAACGCAACCCAUUGCCACUCCCGGCUAACUCCUCCCUUGACGUCACCACAUUUAUCUCCUCUCAAGCUCACAACGGCACCACCGCCUUCAUCGACGCCGCCACAGGCCACCGUAUAAGCUUCUCCGAUCUCUGGAGAGCCGUAGAUAACGUAGCCGACUGCCUCUACCACGACAUGAGAAUACGGAGAGGCGACGUAGUACUCAUCCUCUCUCCCAACUCCAUCUCCAUCCCCGUCGUCUGCCUCUCCGUCAUGUCUCUCGGCGCCGUAGUCACCACCGCGAAUCCUCUCAACACCGCCUCAGAAAUCUCCAGACAGGUCGCAGACUGCAACCCAAAGCUCGCCUUCGCGACUCCCGACCAGGCUCCCAAACUCGCCGCCUCGGGGGCCAUCUCCGUCGUCCUCACGGAGGAGGACGAAGAGCGGGUGGGAUCCACUCUCGGAGUCCGAGUCGUCGGGAGCUUGAGCGAGAUGAUGAAAAAGAAACCGAGCGAGCGGCGAGUCAGAAACCGAGUUAACCGGGACGAAACGGCGAUGCUUCUGUACUCCUCCGGAACCACAGGGCGAAGCAAAGGAGUGAUAAUCUCUCACGGAAACUUAAUAGCGCACGUGGCGAGAUACAUCGCCGAGCCACUGGAGCCGAACCAGACCUUCCUCUGCACCGUUCCGUUGUUCCACACCUUCGGGUUACUUAACUACGCUUUGGCCACCGUGGCUUUGGGUUCGACGGUGGUGCUCCUCCGGAAGUUUGACCUCCACGGUAUGAUGGCGGCGGUGGAGAAGUACAGAGCGACGACUCUGGUUUUGGUGCCGCCUAUUUUGGUAGCUAUGAUCAACGGCUCAGAUUUGAUCAAGGCCAGGUACGAUUUGACCUUGCUGAAAACGGUUAGAUCCGGUGGAGCUCCGUUGAGCAAAGAGGUUACGGAGAGUUUUUUAGAGAGGUAUCCAACGGUUGAUAUUUUUCAAGGGUACGCUUUGACUGAAUCAAACAGCUCAGGAGCUUCGACUGAUUCGGUGGAGGAGAGUAAGAGACACGGUGCGGUUGGGUUGUUGUCGUCUGGUGUGGAAGCGCGGGUUGUGGAUCCGGAUACGGGUCGGAUCAUGGGUGUGAACCAAACGGGCGAGCUUUGGCUCAAAGGUCCCGCCAUUACAAAAGGUUAUUUUAGAAACGAAGAAGCUACAAAAGAAACUAUUGGUUCAGAAGGAUGGCUAAAAACUGGAGAUCUCUGCUGCAUCGACGAUGGAGGAUUUGUUUUUAUAUUGGAUCGAUUGAAAGAGCUAAUCAAAUACAAAGCUUACCAGGUCCCUCCAGCUGAACUAGAAGGUUUGCUGCUCACUCAUCCUGAAAUCAUUGAUGCCGCUGUGAUCCCAUUUCCAGACAGAGAAGUAGGGCAGCUUCCGAUGGCGUACGUUGUAAGAAAAACAGGAAGCUUGUUAUCAGAGAAGACAUUGAUGGAGUUUGUAGCCAAACAAGUGGCACCAUACAAGAGAGUACGAAAGGUGGCUUUCGUGUCUUCCAUACCAAAAAAUCCAUCAGGGAAGAUUCUGCGCAAGGACCUCAUCAAGCUCGCAACUUCCAACUCCACGGGUUAAAACUGUAACAAGACUAUUAAUGUGGGGCAAUUUCAAUAUAUAAUUAUCAUAUC